AUGUUUCUCACCACUGGUGUUUUGGUCUUGUCGAGGAAGAUCAGUGACAAGAGGGCCAAGGACAAGCAGUCUAAACAGCAAUUGCUAGAUCAAAUUCGCAGCAUUCGCCCAAGAUCAAUCAGCAACUUGCCGACUAUCCCCAGCGAGGAAGCAGGGCAGCCAUUAACCAACACCUCCAGCAACGCCACGGAACCGGGCAGACAUUCCAGGGAUAUCAACGUUGAAACACCAGGUAACUUCACAAGCUCCAUCAGACUUCAGACAGAGUACGCUUCGCACCCGCAGAGGCCCUCCAGCGAUUAUGGAACAUCUUCAGAACUGAGUCCCAGAGGAGCACCGCCACCAUACUCACUCACCGGAGCCUCCUCAUCACGCACACCAUCCAUCGCAGAAUCCAGCCUCCUCCAACCAGACUCAGCCAUAUCCCACGGCACCUUCUCCGACAGCAACACGCUGGCCAGCAGCGAAUACAGCACCUCCACAACCACAACAGCAGAAGACCCUUUCCUCCGCAUCCGCACCAAAGGCACUGACCUCAAAUCCGGCUUUCCCUACGCCCCGGAACUCUUCGAACUCCGCGUCCGCCCAGAACUCUGGGAGAAAUUCACCGCCCAGAUCAUCGGAGUGACCAAAUUCAACAACAAGGACUACGCACAGAUGGUCGGCGCCGCAACCGCCACGGCCCUCACAGGCGCCCUCUUAACCAGCGUCUACGUCGGCCGAUCGAUGAACCAUUCCCUGCGGGAGAAGAAAGUCAAAGCCGGGCUGGAGAACAUGUCCGACGGCGGGCUGGGCGAUCUGCUGAAGCAGUGGAAUGAGAACGAGUUUAAGAAGUUGGGGAUUUUUGUGCAUUUGGAGUUGAGUGCGUCGGCGAUGAAGAGGGCGAAUCAUCGCAGUCCGACGAUGGGUAAACACCCUUUGAUGUAUUCGCGACGGGAGGAUCGCCAGAGGAAGACGGAGGAGAGGAAGUUUUGUCUGGUGGUCAGUCGGUUGGAUGAGGAGGGUGUUCCCGUGGAUGCGAUGGAGGAGAUUGUGCAGGAGGCGGAAGAGGAGCAGGCGAGUCAUGAUAAGGUUGUCGAGGCGCCGAAUCCUGCGGAGAAUGUGAUCUAUGAGGUGCCGGAAUUGCCUGGCGAUGAGGGCAGGUUUCCGGUCGAACUGCCUGCUGGUGUGUCGCUGGGCUAUGGUUCUGGGAAGUUCGAGCUCAAAUGUGUGGAGCUGGACGGGACGCCAGUGACUGCGGUGGACAGGGACUUUGAUCCUGAUCGUAAAGAAAAGAUUUACGACGAGGAGGAUGACGAUGCGAAGUUGAUGCCUCAGCCACUCAUGGUCACGGCGGAGACGCACGCUGCACUUCACAAGGAGAUGACAUGA